AGUUCUUCUUGAGUCGUUUCGGAGGUGACCGCGUCGCUGACGCGUUCCGAGUAGUUCACCACGUGUUCCUUAGCGGAGUUUUUGUUUUUGUGUGACCCGCGGCAGGAUGAAUCGCCGAACGAACACCAGUUGAUAGAAGCUCCAAUUUCCCCCAUAGAUCGAAUAGUAAUCAGAUUAUAGUCUAUAUAUGUGCGUGUGAAGAAUGAUACUGCCUAGAUACAACCGAGCUGGUGCUUGUCCUUGCUCCAGGUCGAGGCGCACUCUCCACGGGAAUGCAGAAUAGUACAGAAGAAGAGCUUUCCAGUGAUGGACGACCUCGGAGGCACGGUCUUUCCAGAUCUCGAAGUUUGCCGCAACUUUCUCAUCACGAUUCCGGGCUUGGCAGCUACUACGGGGGAUCAGGUGCUGACGACGUACCAGUUAGUCGUGCAGCAAGACUCGUAGCAGAUUUACGACAACUUUUAACGUUAAAACAACAUUAUUAUCCCGAAGGAGGUUGGGGCUGGGUAGUUCUAAUUUGCGCGGUAUGCGUUCAUAUUUUGGGACAUGGCAUGCUCACCUCAGUCGGAAUGUUUUACAUGGAAAUCCUUAAAAAGUUCGGAUUCCACGAAAAAGGAUCUGCAGGAUGGCUGGGAGCGAUGUCUACCGGUGUGGCUUUACUCAUUUCCCCCGUGACCAUCGCUUUCUGUAGGCGUAAGUCUACUAGAGUAACUGCAGUCAUGGGAGGACUUAUCACCGCUUUGGGAUGUCUUUUCACCUCAUUCGCCACGCAAUUCCAUCAAUUAUUCUUCAGUUAUGGUACAGUUGUUGGUAUAGGAGUGGGGAUAACUAGGGAUUGCUCUACGUUGAUGGUGGCGCAAUAUUUCAAAAGGAGGAGGGAGUUUGUUGAAAUAUUUAUUGUCUCAGGAAGUGGACUUGGAAUUGCCAGUAUGUCGCUAAUUAUAAAAAGUACCAUAGGAGCACUGGGAUGGAGGUUAGGUCUUCAAGUGGUAACAGGUGCGAUAUCUGUAACGUUCAUCUUAGGUACUUUUUACCGUUCGGCUUCUCUGUACCACCCCCAACGCCGAGCCAUCCUCCACAUCAAAAACCAAAAGAGGAAAAUUAAAGAUAAAAACAAAAUAGAAGAUAAAGUACCGUUCUUCGACUUCAGUACUCUUAAAAGUAAAACCGUCCGUAUUCUAUUAAUUUCCACGGGGAUCAGUGCCUUCGGUAUUAACACACCCCUAUUCUACUUGGCUUACCAAGCCGAAGUCGAAGGUUUGGGCGACUCUACUAUAUUUUUGCAAGUCUAUUUAGGGCUAGCUUGGACUGUGGGUUGCGUAGUCUUCAGUACGUUGGUACUUCAUAAUUCCACCGAAUGCAGAAUUGCCAGGCAAUACCUUUGCCAGACAGCUGUUUUUAUGUGUGGGUUGUCGAUAUUAGCGUUUACUGUCGUUAGUGGUAAUUACCACGCCUACGUUAUGUUCGCUUGGAUAUAUGGUAUAUUUUGUGGGGGAUACCAUUAUUCACUGAAGAUGUAUACGUAUGAACGUGUAAGGGCACGAAAUUUCGCUAGAACUUGGGGAUUUGUACAAUGUUCCCAAGCGAUACCCAUUGUGAUUGGAGUUCCAUUCUCUGGUUACAUGAACGAAAAAUGCGGAGACCGCGCGGGCUACUACUUCAGCUCAACUUGCGUUCUAGUGGGUAGCCUCACGCUCUUUCUCAUAGAUCUCCAUAGGAGGAAAAUAGCGCGUCAUAAACAUACUAGAGAAAACGGCACUAGACAUCUUUGCGUAUCCGAAACUUGCCCGCAAAGAAGGAAACUGUCGUUUUCUCAAGAACCCGAUAAUAACGAUGGCGGCGUCACAAUGGGGGCGGCCGCCGCUGCACUGGUGCUCGGUACCGACAUGGGAGCUAACCAGGGCGGCGGUGGAGGACUUUUAGAUAAUAUUAUUUUGUCGAAUGACAAACCCGAAUUAACUUGUAUUUCUGAAGAAGGUAUAGCCGAUAUGGACCUUCCAGAUAACUUGUUAGAUGAUUUGGACUAUAUAGGAGACUGUAUUACGUCGUGUAAUAAAGUAGAAAAUUAUUUAAUGCUUAGCGAGUUCGAAAAUAAUUUAAUAGCCGAAAUGCCUGUGAUAUUGGACAGGAAAGGGAGACGUUGGUCGUUGGCUAGAUCGAAACCGACACAGACCAACGACGAAACCAUCAACGAAGAAGAAAACGGCCUCAACAAAAGCGGAAACGGAAAAUGGAAAGUUUUUCCUAAUAGAGUUAUUACAGUUAUAGACGAAUCCUCGGUUUAGAUUAGUAUUAAAAAAAAUGGAGUGUUUGAAUUGAAUAAUUAUAGUUUGUUUAUGGUGAAACGGUUUUCCAGAAUAAAAUCGAGAUGUACAAAGUACGAAAUUGAGUAAGUCAUAAUUCAUAACCUAUUUUUCUUGUUGUCUUAUUUAUUUUUACGAAAUAUUUUAAUGUUUCUAGUAGAAGUACAAUUUUACGCGGUAUUAUUAGAAAAUAUCAACUUUCCAAAUAACUUUUUCGAGCUUCAGUACACUUAAAAUAUUCAAUCAAUAAUAAAAGUAAUAAUAGAAGCAAUAAACUUACCUGGAACGUGUUAAAAUGUAAACACAACUUUAGCACUAUAAAUAUUUUUUAUAAAUUCUGCUAUUUUCAUUACUUUAAACAGAAAUAAUGUUUUUGUUUAAUUUUUUUAUUAUAAUCAAAAAAUUUAUCUAGAAGAACAAUGUUAACGUGAUGGUGGCUAACCAACAACUAACCAUGUCAUAGAAAUCUAAUUUUUAUAACCUCACAUUGUUGUCACUACUUUCAAUUUAUCAAUAUAUCUAUAAAAAUUAUGCCACUAUUAUCGGUUUUUAUUUCAAUUGUAGUUCUUUAAGAAAAUUUCAUAGCUUGAACAUUUGAAAACUAUUAUUUUGAAAUAUGGUAUAAAAUAACUAUCGAUUAAUAUGAAAAAUAAAAUAUAUGUGAGAAAAUCUGUUUUAUUUAAAAACUAUCUAGCUGAAAAACGUUUUUCCUUGAACAAACUAUAAAAAAAUGUCUAUUUAUUAGGUUAGACUUGAUAUAAACUAAAACCAACUAAACUUGCAA